AACUUAAAAUCCCAAGCAGUGGCUCUGCUUUUGCCUGGCCCUUGUCUUCUUCUUCUCCUUCCAUGGAGUCUCCAAAUUGUUAUCGGUUCAAGAAACUCACUACGACCUUCUUCCUCCUUACUUUGCUAACCACAUUCGUAGUUAGCUCAGAGGUACAACAGUGUCGGAAUUUCAAAUCGGUCAUCAGCUUCGGCGAUUCUAUUACCGACACUGGAAACUUGCUGGCUCUCUCCGACGCUGACAACCUUCCUCACUCCGCCUUUCCACCUUACGGAGAAACCUUCUUCCACUUCCCCACCGGCCGUUUCUCCAAUGGUCGCCUUAUCAUCGACUUCAUCGCUGAAUAUCUGGGGCUUCCGCUUCUGCCUCCUUUCUAUGGAUCUCAAAAUGCAAGCUUUGAGAAAGGAGUUAAUUUCGCUGUAGCGGGUGCAACCGCAUUGGAACAAGCAGUUCUUGAGAGCAGAGGAAUUCAUUAUGAUUACACCAAUGUUAGUUUAGGAGUUCAGUUUAAGAGCUUCAAGGAGAGUUUACCCAAUCUAUGUAAUUCAACUACAGAUUGCAGAGAAAUGAUUGGUAAUGCUUUGCUUAUCGUUGGAGAGAUUGGAGGGAACGAUUAUAACUACGGGUUCUUGGUUGGUAAAACCGUCGAGGAGCUCAAAGAGCUGGUUCCGCUAGUAAUCAGUUCUAUCUCUUCUGUGAUUACGGAGUUGGUAAAUAUGGGAGGCAAAACCAUCAUGGUGCCUGCGGACUUCCCAGUUGGAUGCUGGACAGUGUUAUUAACUGAGUAUCAGAUAUCAAAAAAGGAAGACUACGAUCCUCUAACCGGAUGUUUGAAGUGGCUAAACGAGUUUAUAGAAUAUCACAACAAGGAGCUUCACGAAGAACUCAUCAGACUCCAGAAACUAUACCCUCAUGUUACAAUCCUAUACGCUGAUUACUACAAUGCCUUGUUACAUAUUUUCCAAGAACCGGCCAAAUUCGGGUUCACGAACGGACAUCCCUUGUCAGCAUGCUGUGGAUCAGGAGGAAUGUACAACUUCAACAGUAUUAGUGAGUGUGGGAGUAGGAAAGUGGAUAGUUGUAGUGAUCCUUCAAAGUACGUGCAUUGGGAUGGUUUUCAUUUGACCGAGUCUGCAUACCGAUGGGUCGCCAUGGGAAUACUCCAAGGUCCUUACACCAUUCCUGCUUACGACUGGUCUUGCCCCGGUUUUGAAAUCAAGAACGGAUCAGCAAAUAAUAAACAGUAUUCUUUUAGCAGUAGCCAGUAGGUGACUAGAGCUGUUCUCAAAACCUUCUUUAAGAGAAAAGACUCAAAGUGUGUUGCAUAGCUAUCAUAUCUCGUAACGGGCCACAGGCCCAUAUUAUGUUUACAACGCCGUCGGGUUUGUUGGACGGUUUUCCAAUAUAUACUCCGGUUUACUGAUUUAA